AGGCUGGGAUGCCAAGAGCUACCCACUGCCGCCGCAGCCGCCCCCGCCAGUCGGCGGAGGCAGCCAAGACCCGAACGCCACGCUGGCGGCCGCGAGGCCGCAGCCCGGUGCGCCCGCGAGGCCAGACGACGGCUGGAGCGGCUCGCGCGGAUGGUCCGACGGCGGUUCUUGGAGGGACUGGCAGGGCGAGGGCGGCGGCUGGUCGUCGGACCGCAACUGGCGCGAGAGCGAGGACGGUCAGCCCUCGACCGCGGACGCGUCCACGAAGGGGCAGGGCAAAGGCAAGAAGGGAAAGCGGUCCGACUGGGACUGCCCCGGCUGUGGCACCAGCACCUUCGGCUGGAAGGAUGCGUGCUUCAAGUGUGGCAAGACCAGGGAUAGCACCGUGGCCAAAGACGACGGUGGCAAGGGCAAGGGCAAAGACGGUGGCAAGGAUGACAGCAAGAGCAAGGGCAAAGCUGGGGGCAAGGACGACAGGGACAGGCCGAGUGCACCACCAGCCCCUGGGAAGUUCUCCGCCGACCUCUGGGAGGAGCCGCGCGCUCAGAACAAGCUGCAGCUCAUCGGCGAAGCUUGUCCCAACAAGUGGUUCUACCUGCUCAAGGACGAAGACCGCCGGUCGUUUGCAGCGUACCAGCCGUGCCCAUUCACAGAGGAGCAAUGCAAAGAACGCUUCGGCACCAUAGAAAAAGGUACCGACUGGAAGCAACCUGAGGCGCCAAAUGGAGAGUUGAUCCCUCGAAAGACUGCGUGGAUGGUCAGCAGAGGGUGCCAGUGCACCUACCGGUACGGACGUAUAGAGGUGGAGCCACAAGAAUUUCCGCCAUGGAUGUUGUCGAUCCUCCGCGAAGUCAUGCCGCUUUGUGGCAUCACGGACGAGAAUGAGUGGCCCAAUUCUUGCAAUAUGAACCUCUACGAGGAUGGCGGCAUGUCGGUCGGGUGGCACGCCGACGACGAGGCCCUCUUCCAGGGCAAGUUUAACGAUAUCAAGAUCAUCUCUCUCUCCCUGGGAGUCCGCCGGAAAUUCCAGCUCCGCGCGAAUUGGCCCAAUGAGAACGAGAGGGUCAUGAGGCAUAUCAUGUUGGGAGACGGCGACCUUAUGACGAUGGAGGGCAUGACCCAGAAGCACUUCCAGCACCGUGUCCCGAAGGAGGACAACGUCGAGGGGAGGAGGAUCAACCUCACUUGGAGAUGGACCGUGAAGCACAGCCCCAAGUGUUCGGCCGCGAGAAAGCGCCGAUGAAGGCACCAGUGCAUCUUCUUGCUCCUGACGGUCGCGCCGCCGCCAUGCCGCGCACGCGCGUUCCCUCGGUUUGCCCGGCAAAAUGGGAUCGAUGAGCCGCACGCAGAUAUGACCCGGAGUGUUUGGCUCAACCAA